AUGGGAGAAGGUGAUUGCUGUGGGGAAGGUGCUGGUGAAAUCAUUGCCCUUCCCAGUCCUCCUUCUCCCUCCACCCAGGAAAUUGAAAUUGAUGGAGGAGUGUCAACAGCCUGCUCGGAGGCAGGUGGAGUUGAAGCUGGACUACAUGGAGUGUCUGUCAUUUAUCAUGAAGAUGAUAUCAAAUAUCCCCAUAAGUAUGGGCCACAGGGAGGCUGUGCAGAUCAUUCAGUAUUCGAAAGAAUGAGAAAGUACCAGAUGACUGGUGUAGAGGAAAGCACACAGAAACCUCUAGAAGAACACGUUACAAGUGGUCCAGAGCUGCUAAGGAAAAAGCAUGCUGCUUCAGCUGAAAAAAAUACUUGUCAGCUUUAUAUUCAGACAGAUCAUCUAUUCUUUAAACACUAUGGAACACGGGAAGCUGUGAUUGCUCAGAUAUCCAGUCAUGUGAAAGCUAUUGAUACAAUUUACCAAUCAACAGAUUUCUCUGGAAUCCGUAACAUCAGUUUCAUGGUGAAAUGAAUAAGGAUAAACACAACUGCUGAUGAGAAAGACUCAACGAAUCCUUUCCACUUUCCUAAUAUUGGUGUGGAGAAGUUCCUGGAAUUGAACUCCGAGCAGAAUCAUGAUGACUACUGUUUGGCCUAUGUCUUCACAGAUCGAGAUUUUGAUGAUGGUGUUUUAGGUCUGGCUUGGGUUGGAGCACCUUCAAUUUGGAGUCUUCUAUGCUUAAUUCAAGUUUUGACAGUUCUGCAUCGGACCAUUUUGCAUUUGACAAAUCUUCACUCAGGAAGCUCUGGAGGAAUAUGUGAAAAAAAUAAGCUGUAUUCAGAUGGCAAAAAGAAAUCCUUAAAUACUGGCAUCAUCACUGUCCAGAACUAUGGUUCUCAUGUGCCACCAAAAGUUUCUCACAUUACUUUUGCUCAUGAGGUUGGACACAACUUUGGUUCUCCUCAUGAUUCUGGAACAGAAUGUACUCCAGGAGAAUCUAAGAAUUUAGGACAGAAAGAAAAUGGCAAUUAUAUCAUAGCAUGGCUGGCCAUGUCUAGAAGUAGUUUGAAGAUUAGUAAUGGAAAGCCCCUGGCUGCCCCUGGUGGUGGGAUCCAGAGAUGUGGUACCCAAAUUCAAGGAUUUUGUGAGUUAGCCGUGAAAUUAGAAGGGGCCCUUCUGUGGCUGUUGAGAGGUCAGUGGACAGAGGAGAAGACUCCUUCUCCUUAUGCAGAAAUUGACAUGAGAGACUGCAAAUACUAA